AGGUUUUGCUAUUGAAUGAAGGUUUUGCUAUUGAAUCUCAUGAUCACCAAGUUAAAGGGAAUGCAACAGCUGUGUGCCACUAUAUAUUAAACUAAAGCGACAACUAUUUAUCUAUCAGUCAUCUAUCUUGGUCACAGAUGGACAACCUGACAUUCAGAUACAGCAUACUCCUAAUGGAAGGACUACAAGUUACACAUCUGUCCAAUCAUCUCGCAUUCAUGCUUUUUUUGCUUGCUUACAUAUUUAUUAUAGUAUCUAACAUUGGAAUUUUGAUUCAGAUCUCAGUGGAAAAAAGGUUACAUCAACCUAUGCAUAUUCUUUUCUGCAAUUUGCCACUGAAUGAUGUAUUAGGGACAAUUGUUCUUUUGCCACGCUUGAUGAGUCAAAUUUUAACAGACCCCUCUGAGCGCUACAUCACAUAUGCGGAGUGCGCUAUCCAAGCUUUUUUUGGACAUGUGUAUGGAACCGCAUCCCACACUAUUCUAAUGAUCAUGGCCUUUGACAGAUAUGUGGCCAUUUGCAAUCCAUUGCGAUACCCAACUAUAAUGAGCAAUAAUAUGGUGGUUAAACUGUCAGCAGGAGCCUGGGGUGCUGCAGUAGUGCUGGUGGGAAUUCUGAUCGGCCUCAGUGUGCGUCUCUCUCACUGUAGAUCUGUGAUUCAAAAUCUGUUUUGUGACAACGCUUCACUAUUUAAACUGUCCUGUGAAAAUACAACGAUUAAUAAUGUAUAUGGAUUAACUUUUACUGUAGUUUUACUAACAUCCUCAUUGGGGAGUGUGGUAUUCACAUAUCUCAGAAUAGUGAUGGUAUGCUUCAAAAGCAAAAACAAAGCAACCAACAGCAAAGCAAUAAAAACCUGCAGUGCUCACCUGGCUGUUUAUAUAAUCAUGAUGGUUUCUGGAUUCACCACAAUUUUUCUUCACCGUUUCCCUGCAUACACUGAAAGUAGAAAUUUAUCUAGUAUAAUGUUCCAUGUUAUUCCACCAAGCUUGAAUCCCAUAAUAUAUGGUUUGCAAGCCAAGGAAAUCAGACAGAGACUGUUUAAACUUUUUUAUAAAAGUAAAGUUAACUCAAUGUGAUUUUUGUUACAUUACAUAUAUUUUGUUUUAUUAUAACUUUUCAUUAAAUGCUAAUGAUAAAGUUUAAAUGAUACAUAUAUAGUGUCUGCAUUUUGUUCAUUCUAAACAUUACUUGUGUAAAUAGCCUACUGUAUAUAACAAUAUAUGCAUAGGAGGCAUCAGCUAAAAACCUUGUGAUUAAUGUGAACAGUGGUGCUACAAAAUAUGCACUAAUAAUAACACCCUACUUCGGGUCAGAAGUGAAGAAGUAAUAAAUUAUAUAUGAAGCAUAAAGGGGCAUAUAUGAUUUAGAAAUUAAGACAUAUAUGAUGCCAAAUAAAAAAAUAAAAAAAUAAACAAAGAAGACAUUCAGCAAGUCACACAAAUCCAUAAUGUACAUAAAUUUCCCUGCCUGAAAAAAAUUUUCUUCUUUUAAUACUACUUUCCAUUAUAUCAUGAUUUUCAUUAAAUUUAGUACCAACUUGAAAAUGUCAUGCAACCACACUGAACAAACAACAUUGUGGACUUUGUAAUAUUAAGAUAUACCUCAAACAAGUGGGCAACACCUGUAGAAUGAUUACCAGUGGCAGGUAGAUCAGAUGUGAUCGAGUAAUACUGCUUUUAUACAAUCAUUAUAUAGUCAAGAGAUUCAUAUUGAAAGUAUACAUUUUAGAAAAAGACAUUUAGCUUUUUUUUUUUUUCCUUCACUACCAAUGCAAAGAGUUUCUAAAGAAGUCAAAGGCUCAAGCUUUGUGUCACCAAGAAAUGCACAGAAUGCUAUGAAUUAGGCAAGGCAAGUUUAUUCAUUCAAAGUGCUUUACAUAGAAAAUGAAUUAAAAUAAGCAUAAAAU